AUGACCACGACACCUCAAAUCCCCAACCCGGCCCACACGCUCGCCGAUUCCAUGUUGUCUCGUCACUUUGGCAAAGAGACGGUGAACUAUUUCUCCAGCUCGCCGAUCAACCGGUUAUCGUUCUUGCGCUCAGAUCACCCGUUCCUGUCUGCGGCCCUGAAGCACCCCUCAGCUCGGUUCGUAUUGCUGAAGAACCUAGCACCUCUGACUCCAUCGCCGGCGCAAUUGCACUAUGCCAAGUAUGAGGAAGUACAAAAGCUUGUGCCGUUGGAUGCCUUCGAUACGCCCGAAGAAGAGUUGAUCAAGAAAUUCGAUUCGCGGAAGACACAGGCUACCCUUAUAUUCCUCGGAUUGGAUGAGAGUCGCAAGGAAGGCGGUAUGGCAUGGAAGAUCUACUCAGGAACACCGUAUUUCGCAGUCGAUGUGACCCCUAAGGGAUCUGAAGAGCAGCAGACUGCAGCGAAUGAUGUGAUCAGUGCCAUGGAGGCGAAGGGACUUUCAUUCUUCCAGACACGGGUUGUCAUGACUUUCUCUGCAGAUGAAGCCGCUAUUUAUGCACAGGCGCGUGCUCUGAUGGAUUGGAAUACUCGCAACACCUUCUGCGGCACGUGCGGCCAGCGUACUUUGGGCGUGAAUGCAGGCACCAAGCGUGCCUGCCCGCCGACGGAUAUGGCACGAACAGCCGAGGGGAAGACUGAAGAACGACCGGAGUGCAACACCCGUACCACAUUGUCAAACCUUUCCUUCCCCCGUACCGAUCCCACCAUCAUCGUGGCGGUGGUCUCCGCCGACGGCAAGCGGGUGCUGCUUGGACGUUCCAAGCGGUUCCCGCCUGGCUGGUACUCCACCCUGGCUGGGUUCAUUGAGCCAGCCGAGUCGAUUGAGGAUGCUGUGCGGAGAGAAGUCUGGGAGGAGGCGGGUGUUACUUUAUCCCGUGUUGUUAUCCACUCCUCGCAACCUUGGCCGUAUCCCGCCAAUUUGAUGAUUGGUGCUAUCGCUCAAGUCAGUGACCCGGCCCACGAGAAGAUUUCUUUGGAGCACGACCCUGAGUUGGAGGAUGCACGCUGGUUUGAGAUCGAGGAAGUAGAGGAGGCGCUGCGCAUUGGCACAAGUGACUUGAGUGGUCCUGCUGGUCCGGAUUAUAAGGGCGGGUUGCGCUUGCCUCCUCCUACGGCCAUUGCCAAUCAGUUAAUCAAGGCUGCUGUGACCGCAGAGUAUUUCUCGCCAGAGAAGUCCAAGAUGUAA